AUGGGGUCAGAUGAGGCCUACAACUUAGUCUUUAAAGGUGAGUUCAGAUCCACCUGCUUCACUCCUGAUCCCUCGUGAAGUCUUUGAAAUGCGCUCAUUUGUUCUCAUCCUUCGCCCUUCAAAUUCAACUUCCUUGUUUAUUAUUAACUUGGCAUUUACCAUUAACAGGAAUAUCUGUGUCAUCACAGUAUAACACAGUGUUAUGAAUGAACAGGUUGGGGCAAUACACAGUGCAUGAUGAUUGGAUAAACUAAAAUAACCACUAAUGUGUUUGUGUGUUGGCAGCUCUCUCAGCUGCUCAGGUAAAUAAUGUUUGCAGGUGUUUUGCAAGCUGCAGAACAUGUUAGAUGAGGCUGAGUGUGACUAUAAUCACAUUGCCAGUUCAGCACAUUAUCCUUCAGUAAGUUAGCUGCAAACAUGCAUAAUACGGUCUUUUGUUGAAAACCAGGAUGUGGUCUUUGAUUCCUGUUAUGUCUAGAGUUUCGUGUGGAAUGAUACAAUGAAGGAUGGCAAAAUGGUUCAUUGAUACAGUACAGCAAACCCGGACUGUCAAAGUGUCCUCAUUGCAUCAACACAAAGCUGCUCUGUGAUUGUGUUAUCUAUUUGUUCUGCAUCUGACAUAUGAGUUGGAGUAAACAGUCGUACAAAAGGAGUAAAAGCUCCUUUAUCAGCUGAAACAAACAAAGACUAAUACUGAUGUUUUUACAUGAUAAACAAAAGCAAACCGGACCAUCUUCAGGACAGCUGAUCAUUUUUAUGUUAAUCAAAAUAAGCAGGAACUAGGAGCCUGAUUAACAUUUUCAACAGAAAAGUUGUACAAUUGACAAUUGAGUGUCCACUAGAGUCUCUCUGUAGAAGCACUAGAAACCACGUACACACUGAGCCAACAAAGCAUGUUUCUAGAGCAAAAAUAAACACACUUACUGCCUGGUCUAAAAACAGUUUAGGGCUCCUACGUCUGUUUUGAAAUUAUUUAGAGGGAGCUUCAGUAUUUUUUUAAGCCUGGGUCAUAUUUUCCCAUGUGUUCUAGGGCUUGACUGUAGGGUAGAAUAAUCUCUAAAACUGGUCCAGUCCUGAGAAAGAGCGGAGCUGUAACGUAGUUUGACCGGACAGUUGUGCAGCAUCCAACUCGUGGCAGGAAGUCAACGGAGGACACAUGAGUGAGUGACACCAGGAGAGUCAGAAAGCACCAGGACCAGAGGAGGGCUUGGGGUGCCCUUUUUUUUUAUUAAGAACAUGAGUGACAGUUUGCCCAUUUUGACUGUGUGGACGAGGUCUCUGAAAAUAGGUCUGACUGUGUUUGCCAGAGUGCACCAAUGAAGACCUUGCACAACUAUCCCAGUGUCCCACACUCUCCAAGUUCUUCUUUAGGGUCACAAGAUUGGCAAAUCAGAGGCACAGCUGACUUGACUGACAGAUGGGCACACUGUAGAGGCCCGCCUCUGGUUGGCUGACUGAAAGUUAGAUUGAAUCAGUAUAACCAAUAUGGAAACUGCUGUUGCCCAUGGGCUUUUAACUUUGCAUCACAAACAAAUGAGUGACGUUGCCAACAUAUACACUCUAUGCUGUUAACAGACAGCAGAAUGAGAUUUAUAUUGUUUACGACUUCUGCACCAACAGGACAAAAUUAGAGGAGAUAUAAGAGGCUCGUUCUGGUCGACAGGAGGCGUCAAAUUCAACACAAACUAAAAGUACCUUACAGGUGCUGAUUUCACCCAUUAGUGAUCUGAAGACAGGUUCUGAAGCAGGGUUGGGAUGGCAGUCCUAGUGUUGGGAUUACUGACUAAAGAAGGUGGGGUUGAGGCAGGCUUUUGGUCGCCUCACAAUAAGUGACAUUGUGCUGGCUUGUUGGUCAAGUCAGUCAUACCCCUAAUCAUGCAAAGCUCAAAACCUUAAUAUCUUCAAAACUCCACCCCUGUACAGUGUUUUGCUGUAAAGACAGGCUUUUAGAAUGGGUGUGUAUGUGGCCUCUGGUGCUUUUGCAGCCAGCCUCUGGUGGAAACUUGGAGAAAUGCAGUUUUUGGCGCAUUUACAUCAGCUGCUUUCCUCAAGAACCAAGGCUGUCACUUGGUUUAUUUACAGGGAUAUGACACACCAAUGAUGUAUUGAUUUUUAAUAAAGCACUGAAGGUCUUUGGUUAACAAGACAAACUGUCUCAGCUUCAUAAAAUACCAUACGCUAUGAGGUCCUUUAAAAAAUAUGGUGUAUACAAUAAAUUAAACCUUAUUCAUAUGGCGAGAACUCAACUAAUAAUGACAUUUCCUCGAGUACAUCUGCAUUGUCAUCAUGAAAUGAUCUACGGUGAAUUACUGUUUUUUAGUUGAUUCGGCAUCCCCUGUGGAAAGAAAAGGUUCUUCUUACCUAUUGGCUGAUUUGUUUUUGUUAUUGUGUAAGUUUUGUUCCCUGAUUCAAAUAAAAUAAUAAUCAUAUCCUGCUUUCUUUUAGCAGUAAGAGCUUUUUUAAAGUCAAGUUUUCACAAAGGCGUCGGUGUGCUGUCAAUCAUCUGGUCUGAGACCUACCUCCUUGCAGCAGUUACAACCAUUAAAAUUUACUAGACAGUAAUUUUCAGUUUUGAUACUGAUGGUCUGGCUUACUUUUGUGGAGAUGAAAAAAACAGGGAUAAAAGUCUAGAUAGGCCGAAGUCUGAUGGUUGUGAAAUUCACCCAUAAGCUUCUCUAAAGCUCAGAGACUAACCUUUAUCUUUGAAAUAUUUCAUCUUUGUAUAGACUUGAGUUUAGAAGCUGCAUAUUGUGGUUUUAUUAGGAGUCAUGCACUAUUCAGUUUGUAAGUCAUGGGCUAUAUAUGAAACAUGAGUGGCACAAUAGCAAUCCAAAGUGAAGCCAAAAAAUUUAAAGCUCCCCCUGGUGACUGGAUGAAGUAAAGAUCUUGGUCAGCCUCCUCAGUCGUGACGGAGAAUGUUUUUCCUGUGGGCGUGACAGAUCUGGGUGUUUUUUAGUGACAAGUUUGAAGUGUGUUUUCAUUAAAGUGGAGUGUCGCUUGUCUUGUUGCUCCACUGGCACAAUAUUUCUGCACCCACUAAAGCGAUACUUUGGCUUCAAAGACAGAGGCGUGGUGGUGUCUACAUUCAUGCUUAAGGCGAGACCUCUCGUCCUGUACAUGUGACUUUUUUAAAUUAAAACUUUAUUCUGUUGUCCUUUUGUAGGGAAAAUGAUCACUCACUGUGAGCAUUUGCCUUUGAAAAAAAUCAAAACAAGCUUUUUCUUGGCUGGCUGUCAAUCAUCUGCUGUGACCCCGCCUCCUCAUAGUGAUUUCAGGCAUUAAGAAUUAUAGCCAAGUAAUAAUGAGACUUACUGCUGAUAGUUUUGUUUGCUUUUGAAGGUCAUAAAGAGGCAUUAAUAUCAUGUGUUAGACUGCUUCUCAUCCAGUUGAAAACUCCUCAUAGUACCUUUAAAUCUUAACGCUAUAAACUGCCUGUUGGCUCCAGACUUAUGAACAUUUGGCAGAGUUGAUAGUAGCGUCUAUCUUCUCAUCGAACUUAAGUCUAGAACUAAAAUUAAAGUGUUACCGAUGAGCAGUGGAACAGGAGGACUCCCUUCUGGAGCAGGUGAAUUGUGAAUAUGUUCACAAACUGUUUAUCUGUGAAUAAUCGUACUCGCUGCUGCAGUGCUCAUAACAUCGAGAUGCUCUUUAUCUGAGAGUGGGAGCCGGUUUCCAUUCCUCACAGUGAUUUACAGAUAGCUCAGAGAAACUUAUCGGUAAAAUCAAAUACUGUACACUUGAGUGGAAUGUAAAUCCUGCACAUUCUUAGUCCUCCAUACAGCCUACAGGGCGACAGUGUGGAGUACAUGGGCUGCAGGUGUGUGUGCAUUACAUCCAAACAACAUUGUAUUGUUAAAAAGUACCUUGAACACAAAUCCAGGAUUUCAGGCUGUAGCGCGAAAGCAGUGUGUGCAGCACAGCAGUCACAUUUCUAGUCCUGAAUGUCAAUAAAACAAACAAAAUGAGACUUUAAUCCUCCCUGCAACACCUCGAGUGUGUCCCGGCAUCCUCAGAAUUAACAAACUCGGCUGGAGAGCUUCGGGGGCCUCUUGUCCUGUAUCGCCAUAGAAACCAGAGGUAUUGUUUGCUUAAGAAGUUACUCAGUUGUGGAGGAGAGGAGGGCAAAACUAGGAAAACAGGCAUUCUCACCUCGCCCACACUGGAAAAAGGCAUUACAGUGAGGCGGCUGCCGGGUGAACAAUUCAAGCAAAACUUGUCAGACAUUCCUCCUCAGGACCUUAGACUCUGGGUUAAACAUUUUAAGAGUGGGGAACCGAGGUGAUGAGACACUGGUGCUUUCAGGCAGUAUCUUUAAAAAUGCUGAGGGAAAAAGUGCCAGCAAUAUUUUUGUGGUUCUAACUGGAGAGGAACAGAUUUGUGGACUCCAAAUAAAGCCGUUCUUGUCUUUGAAUACAACCUCACAAUGUGAUCUGCUUUCUCACAGGAGGGAAAGUUCACCCUGUAGACAAUGAGGUAGAGAUGUUCUGUGAAAAAUCAUGUCUAUUUGGAACUUUAAUCUAAUUUGGGUCAGAAGGAGGUUCCAAGUUCUUUCUAAAUGUGAGAAAAAGUAAAAAAUAAAUAAUAAAGACUCACUUGGAGACCUGAAAAAUGUUCCAACUCUGUCACGACAUGCAGGGUUAAACAAAGAAAAAGACCCAAAUGCAGAACUAAAAAUGAUUUAAUUAAAAGAACUAAAUGAAAAAAGCAACAAAAGAGAAAAAGCCACAAAAGUCAUUGGGGCAAAAUCACAGAGAACAACUGGGGACACAGGCAUAUGCACACUGACAAACAUACACACAAUGAACCAACAAGACAAAGGGGAAGACAGGGACUAUAUACACACUGGGAAACGAGCAACAGGUGAGGCUAAUGAGACACAGGUGAAACUCAUGGGUGAUUAACGAAGGAGGGAAAAUUAGGGAAGUAAAACAAGACUAGAAACACAAGGUGAAACUACAAAAUCAAACAGGAAACAUGAACAACUGAUAUAAAGAAUAAAACAAAGAGAACAGGAGGGAAACAGGGUCAAACACAAACUGAAAACUCACAAGACUGGACUAUAGGAACAAUAGGGAACAGAAACAAUAGGGGACAGAAACACAGGGGAAAACACAAAGAAAAUGCACUCAAAUAACAAAACCAGGGAAAAACUAUAUCAACAGAACAUAUAAUGACUGACAUAUAAGGAUCAGAGAUGGAUAGUUGUACAUUUGCAGGUUCAAAUACCAUCAAUAUAAUGUUACACACAGAAAAUGCAGCUUCAAAAUUGGCCAUCUGUGACAAAUAAAAAUGCUGAAAUAGUAUAUAACCAAAUCUACACAGGGCUGGAGCAUGCUAUGCAAUAUUUGCAGAUUUUAAAGGUGCAGCUAACUUUAAAAAUAAGUGAUGUAAGGAGUUUUAUUAUAUAUAGUUUUGCAAACAAAAUCUGGACCUAAUAAUCAACAGUUGAUCCAUGGUGCCAGAUGACCGUGGGUGUUAAAAUAUGAACAAAAGACUGAAGAGAAAUAACAAAAAAUAAGAAUCUCCUGAGUUAGUAAGUAGCUUCUUUGUAAUCAUCUUAUUACCGAUACUCUUUGCUAUUAUUAUAAUCAGAAAAGAGACAGAGAGUGAGGAGCGGUAAUCAAUCAAUCACGACAAAUGUUAUCUCAAGACACAUCCCACCUUGUAAGAUCAGACUCACUCCCAUCCCAUCUUCAAUCACAUGAUUGAAACACUGCAGCGUUUCACAGUGGAGAGGAGAAACUUCCUUUAACAGGCAGAAACCUCGAGCAGAACCAGACUCAUGAUAGACAGUCAUCUACUGAGACUGCACAUAGUUGAAGCAGCUGAUUUAAGUGCUUGAUUUAAACCCAACUGUCAUUGUUCAGCAUUUAGUACACUGCCAUGUAAAUCCAGGUCAGUGGAAACUAAGACGUGUUACACCCGGCACCUGUACAUAAAAGCUUAAACUAAACAUAUAACCAAUUAUCAAAGCAGACAAACAUUCGUUUGAUUCAGGAUAAACAGGUUCUUCUUAAUGUAUCAAACUGUCCUAACAACCCAAAAGGCUAACUGAAACAAAGGAAAAGGCUUGUUAGCUAAUUAGCAACCUGAAAAAUGACUGUGAUUUCAUGGACAUUCUCUUAAGAAUAAACAAACUCCCACAUGACUAACCUUCAUACUCAUAUACAAGGGAAAAGGAGGUGUAACAAUCAAGCUUUUGCAAGAGGCAAAGAGGUGUAACCGUAGAUUGUAUAUAGACCUAAGAGUCUAAAGGUGUUAACUAAGGUGGGCUAUUAGCUUUCGACCUGUUUUGAACCAGGAUGUAAGUGUGACUAAAUACCACUGUAAAAAUAGGCCUUUCAUCAGAGGUGUAAAUGAUAUUUCCUUGGCUUCCUCAGAAAACUACGGUACUUUUUACACUCCUGCAUCAGUUUCAUUUUUAAACACCAGAGGUUACUGACUCCGUGCUUAUCAGAGCUAACAGCUUGCUAACGGCUCUCAUAUUUAAACCCAGCGAGGAGAGUUAUCCCAAACUUAUUGUCUAAUUUUCUCUGCAAGAAAGCAAAUAAGUGUAUUUCCCAAAUUGUCCAACAAGCUAUUAGCUCCCAUCACGCCCUAAAUCCAUGUUUAAUUGCUGUGAAGAUGUCACAAGAGUUGGAGUAAUUAUCUCAGCGCUCACAAGCUCACACGCCUCAGCAAGAAUCUGACUGUGUCUAUCCUUGCUCUGCAGUUAUCCCAGUCUUACUGUGUUUCCAAAAUGUGCUCAGACUUUCCUAUCUGUGCCAAUUAAGCCAAGCCUUUCUGCUCUCUGAGUCAGCUACUUACAACUGAAACCCAAACAUUAGUCAGUGACAUGUACAGAGGGGGUGUCUGCAGGAUUGCUCUCCUGUUUACCCUGCGGGCUGGUUCCUCUGACCAAGAUUAAAGGAAGUUGCAGCAUUACUUGUUCCACCUGAUCUGCAUCACCUCUCUUGCUGUAGCUGUAUUUCCUGAAACAAAGGUUCUCUUGUAAGGGUUUUUUUUUCUCUUUGAAGAGGAAAAAUGUGUCUCUAUCCCCCACAAAAAGGAACAGAGUGGCGAACUUGCAGUGCAGUUUCAUUAAAGUGAGUUCCUUAAACAUUUAUGAUCAUGAAUUGAACAUGACUGAAAAUAAAAAAGAUAGAAGAAAGCAGUGAAGUUGCUCCUUUUGGGAGAAAUUAGAGAAAAUUGUUGGAGAAAGUAACUCAAAACCAUCAAAAUGUCCAUGUGAGUCAUCUACUUCGAAUACUACACCUGUGCCUAAUCCUACUUUUGUUUGGCUUCAUUCAAUCCCUGCAUUGAAAUUAGGAAUAAUUUCCUUCUUUUACUCGACACCUUUUUUCCUCCAAAUGAUUCACCUAUUUACCAUGAAGGCGUGGUGCUUUUAAAUUCGAACACUAUAUCCCCGAUGGUGUAAUUACCCCCCACUCCUAGACAAGUAAGACGGAGGACUUAGGGAGCAACUAAAAAAGACACACCUUGACUAAAGGCUUCUAUAAAAAGGGGCCGUAAAGGAUGGAGUGUGUGUCACAGGGUUGGCAAAUAUUUGCUCACAGGAACGUGACUGUUGUCUCCUUCAUCCAGGGAUUUAGUUCAGUAAUAAGGAAGCACAAAAUAUGAUGUAAAUACCUCUGAUUUUUGUUUUCUCUGCAGUGGUUCUAAUAGGAGAAUCAGGUGUGGGAAAAAGCAAUCUGCUGGCCCGCUUUACCAAAAACGAGUUUAACCAUGACAGCCGCACAACCAUCGGGGUGGAGUUCAGCUCCCGGACUGUGCACCUCGGAGGCUUCGCCAUCAAGGCCCAGAUCUGGGACACGGCAGGACUGGAGAGAUACAGAGCCAUCACUUCUGCGUGAGUAUCAUCAAUCAACACACCUGAAAUACAUUUAUUAGCGUAAUUAUGUGUCUCACCUGUAUGACUUUGAAGGAGUGGGUAUAAUCCUGGUUCUUUCAGCCAAAUUGAUCAAACUUGUACACCAAACAUGAAGCUGAAGCCAAAAGUAAGUCAGCUUAGUUCAGUGAUUCACAAACUUUUUCUUUUUUUUUUUGCAUGGCCUCCCUUUGCUGGAUGAAAAUAUUGAGCUCCCCUCACUAGAUACAAAACACACAAUCAGACCAUGCAUAAAAAUACAGAAUUAUAACCUCCAAAACUCGAACUGGAAGAAACAAAAAGCCAGUUUUGUAGUAAUUAAAAAGUCUGAUGCAUGAGCAGCCCAACACAUUGUCAGCCUUAUUGUUAAUCUUGCAGUCCUUUAAAGCUCCUCUGAGGAGAUUUUUGACAUUCAUGAAAUAAACUAAAAUUCAUAUUGAUGCUUUUUUAUGACAUACAAAACCAAAAAAGCUCACCAUCAACAACACCAGUUGCUUUUAUAUUGUAAUUUUUGAUGCCAGAAAUCAUCGUGGAGGGGUAGGUGUCAGUUAGGCAGCUGAUGAAACAGCCCUGAUUUAUAUGUUGUACAUUAAUAUUCACUAAUAGCAUAGUUAGAUAUUUUGUCACAAGAUGCUACCUAAGCAUACAGGGGACAAGAUAUGUAAAGAGUGAUUUGCCAAAAGGGGGUGCCAAAAAUCGACACAGGAGCCUAGUAAUACCGCCCCUUUGUUUGGGGAUCACUAGUUAAGAUUAUCAUUUUAUAGUUUCAUUACCACCAUAAUAGAUGACUCUUGUGCUAAUCUGGGACAGAUGACUACAGGAGCUUUUGUUUGUCAACAGAACUGUCAAGCAUGACAUCACAUCCUUUUUUUUUUUAACGACAAAUAAUCAAUUAAAGCAAAACUUAUCGGAAAAAAUGAACACUUGACAUGAACCAGUUUAGUAAGAUCAUCAAAACAUUGCAAAAUAUGUUUAAGAUUAAUUCAUUUGACCUGUAUUUUGAUUUUUAUAGUUUGACCCAAGAGGGCAGAGUUUAUUAGUUUUACUGCAGCCAGUCAGUAGGGGGAGCUCUAAAUCUUAUGGCUUAAAGAAACUGAUAGUGUCCGUUUUAUGUACAACUAAAUCACUCUGGCAGAGAAGUCAAUUCAUAUAUUUUAGUAAUUUCAUGUUUUGGGUUUAGGUUUGAAAAAUUAUGAUAGCAUAAUUUUUAACCUCCUUAAAAAAGUGAGGCCAAAUUUUAACCUCCAUGCUCCUGUUCUAUGUAUGAGUCUAAGCAAAUAUAACUUCAUAUUUAACGUACACAUGGGAGUGAAUGUGUCUCAUCUGCAUAUUUCCAAAAUUAUAAUGGAUGCUGCAUGAUUCUGAGUAAGAUUUAUUUCAACAAAACUGUUUUUUUUUCCUUGGCAACAACUCUGUGUUCAACUUGGCCGUAGAUAAACACUGUGUAGCUGAGCCCCAAAGUCUCACUUAGCAGAGACGAUGGCUCAUCCUUCAUUUGUGAUUCAUAAGAGUGUGUUUAUAGAGAGUCUGCCAAAUGUAACUUUCAGUGACAAUGUCUGCUUUUCUUCCCAUGUCUUGGUAAUGUGUUGUACCAGCAGAUGCACUGCUUUGGUGAUUACAUGUCCUCCUAACAAGCAGAUGUUUUUAGCAUGGCACACAGAAGGUAAAUACAGAUUUUUAAAUCAACAUUUCAUGCUUGUUUUCUUGCUCCAUAGUUCCUGAGCAACCUGUAAGUCCGCAUCUUAAGGUGGUGCUGUUAUCAGCCAAAACACACGCAGGGACAGGCACUGAUCCUGGGUUCCCUCCCACAUUACCUGAAAAACAACCAGCACAUUCUCAGCUCGGCUUACAGCUGGCACACUCGGGUUCAGAAAAAACACUUGGUUAGGGCACAGACUGUUUGAACGCUCAGAGCUCAUUGGGUCUCCGUCCUAUCCGAGGCUGCUCCUCAUUCACUCUUCUUCUUUUUUUUAAUUAAACUAGUGGGAUUAACUGUGGAAACUGGUUUUAAAACAAUAGAGCCAUGUCAGUUUUAUUUUUAAGACAUGGGAAAAUCUGAGGAUAUGCUACACUGCUGGAUUAGCUCCUUUCUGACAGCUUGGCUUUUUGGGUAAUUACUUGCCGACUUAUUCCACUAUGCAAAUUCUCACUCCCAUGGAAUUUCCCAUUUGUGCCGUAACAAGCGGCUAAAACCUAUUAAAGUGGAAUUAAUUAUGUUCGUGGAAGUAUGGAGCAGAAAUGUAAUUGUGGAGGAAGUAUUGAUUGGUUUUCCACUUCAGACCAAUUGUCAUUCAUUACAGUUUUUCCUUAAUUGAGAGCAGGGGGGAAAAAGUUAUUCUCAAUGAAGAUAGGACAAUAGUAAAACCAGCUACAGUCGAUGAUUUUAAAUGACCAGAUCAAGUACACAGUGAACAGGGUCAUUCUUAUUCAUGUAGUUCCCCUCAGCUCUGGAUCACUGUAUGGUAUCUUUAUAUCCGUUGUGUGUUGGGUUUUAAAGCACACAGCCGUACUGUCUUGUUUUCCUGUCACUGCUUUGUUGCUUGACAUCCCAGUGAGAAUUUUUCCAUUGAAAUUCCAUCAUCUGUAAGAUUUGCUGUGCGGACUCACUGGAGCCCACCUGUACUUUACUUCGAAACGAUACGAGGAGGCUAGCUGGAAAUUUUCUGGGUGAAAAUCUUUGAAGUUUUUUUUAACAUAGGCACAGGCUGAAUUAAUGUGGGUGCCUCAGUCCAGCGUUCAGCAAUCAAGACGCGUGAUUGAUCAAAUUUGAGCAUUUGCACUAAUCUGGUGUGAAACACAUACGCACUGUUAUGCAGGAGGUGCUGCCUGCAGAAAAACACGUUUAUGUCAAAUGAGGUUUAUGAUGGCAAAGUAUAGCACUGAUAUUUGUCCAAACGAACAGAGUGUUCCCUCACACCUCUAGACUGCUUUUGUUGGAGUUAUACCAAAUGAUGUAGUAGAGUUGACCCCAUCUGCACCUGCAGUUCUCUUGCAGCUAAUCAACAAAGGGGCUGAGCUGACUGGGAUCCCUUGUGGCUAAUACACUUAGUAUUCAUAGUACCUUACACAACCCCUCUUUAAAAAAAACAUCCCUUUGAACGACAGGUUGAAUCAUGAUUGAAAAUGAAGCAGCGACUUCUGAGGUUGAGAAAUGAAGCUAAUGCAGAAGUGCAGGAAGAUCGGUAGUUCCCCAAUUAAGUGGCUGACCCCAACUGAGUGUAAGUUGGAGUCAGCUUCCCCAAUGUGGCAACUUCAACCUUUGAGAUUAAUGAAUGGAGCAAAUUAAUUGUGCAAAUUAAACAAGUAAACACAAACUAUCCAGGUGUUCAGCUACAUGGGAAUUGAGCAAGUGAUUAAUUUUAUUCCAAUCAGGUGUAAACACAACAGCACCUGGGGGGAGGGUGGCCAAUCAGGCUUUGAGGGGGCCUUUGCAACUGCUCGCCAUUCCUCUGGACACACCCCUGCCCCAAAGUGACCUGAAGGACCAUUUUAGAUUAUACAGUUUGAAGCUUUUGAGUUUGAAUUUUAUCACAAGACCUCAAAUUCAUUUAAUUAAACAGCACUUCAAACCAAAAACUACAGAAAACGAAUGCAUUCAAAAGUCACCAGAAGUGUAAUUACAGUAUUUUUUCUCCAAACAGGUACUACAGAGGUGCAGUUGGAGCCCUCCUGGUGUAUGACAUCACCAAACACCUGACCUAUGAGAGUGCAGAGCGCUGGUUGAAGGAGCUCUAUGAGCACGCCGACCCCAAAAUUGUAGUGAUGCUGGUGGGAAACAAGACCGACCUGGAGUCAGAGAGGUCCGUGCCCACCGAGGAGGCUCGAGACUUUGCAGGUACAACAGAAAAGUUAUGACCAAGUAGUAUUACAAGGUCCAGAAAUCAACUUCUCCCUUCAAAUUUUAAGAAUUUGAAGUUUCAUAUUUGGGAAUUUUUUUUAUUAUUGUAAAUAGAAACUAAAUGGUACUAUUUGUUUGAUUUAGAAAAGAAUGGUCUGUUAUUUCUGGAGACCUCGGCUUUGGAGUCAACAAAUGUGGAGGCAGCAUUCAACAAUGUUCUAACAGGUAAUUUAAUAAGACAUAUUCCACUUUUUUCUGCUUUAUUAAAUCUCUUCUUCAAUUUCAAAUCUGCAGUCUGACAAAGAUAAUAAAAAUUUUUCUUCCAGUACAAGGUUAUCAUGAUUCACAACCUAAUCUGAGACAGGUUUGGCUGCUGCACACAUGCUGGUUCCCCUUAACUUUCCCUCCCUGUCUUCUCUUUGAAGAAAAACAAAUAGUAUGAACCCAUAAAUGUGCUGAAGCUCCAACUCCAGCUCCACCCUUUGACCUCAAAUUUAACCACACGUAACCAGACUUCAUCUCUGCAGCUUGGGCAAGUUUGGAGAAAGUCUCGCAAAGGUCAAAUAAUGACCUCGUGUAUUCCCACAGCAGCCUGAUGAUCGAGGAAACUUUCUGUUAGGUUUCUUUUGCACAUUUAUUUGGUUCUAAGUGCUCUUAUCAACUAUCAAUCAACUAUACUAAUUCAUGAUCACUUUCUGCUGCAGAGAUUCGCAAGAAGUGCGGCAAUAAACCAAUGAAUCAGGGCUCUAUCGGUGCUGUGUCUUUCAACAACUCUGGAGCGGACAACACAGAGGAGAGGAAGCCCUGCUGCAGGAACAUCUGA